CCGGCAUGGACACCCGCCUGCUCUGCCUCCUCCUCGCAGCCUGCACGGCUGUCCUGCCGCUGGACCUCCGCCGCUGUCCGCCUCAGCACUGUUACGACGAGCUGGUCGCUCCCCUUUACUCCUCUUCCAUCGGUGCCUCCUCUCGCUACAACAUCUUCUACUCAUCCAGCUUCGCCCGGCUGCACAGCAGCAGUGGCUGGUCUCCAGACCCCAGCGACAAGCAGCCCUGGCUCCAGAUCGACCUGAUGCAGAAGCACAAGAUCAAUGCAGUGGCCACGCAGGGGACAUACAACACAUAUGACUGGGUGACGCAUUACAUCGUGCUGUACGGGGACCACCCCAGCAGCUGGAAGCCCUUCUUCCAGCUGGGGAGUAACUGGACGUUCUUUGGGAACGUGAACGAGAGCGGGGUGGUGCGCCAUGACCUGCACUACCCCAUCCUGGCUCGCUACAUCCGCAUCAUCCCCACGGCCUGGAACCCACGAGGCAAGAUCGGCCUGCGCCUGGGCCUCUAUGGCUGCCCCUACUGGUCUGAUGUGCUGUACUUCGAUGGGGACGAUGCCAUCUCCUACCGCUUCCGCGGGAAAACUGUCCGCACUUCCCAGGACGUCUUUGCCUUCAGCUUCAAGACGAUGGAGCGGGAGGGGCUGCUGAUGUAUGGCGAGGGCUCCCAGGGGGACUACAUCACCCUGGAGCUGAAACAGGCCCAGCUGGUGCUGCACAUCAGCUUAGGUAGCAGCCCACUGUACUCCAGUCAGGGACACACGACGGUGACGGUGGGAAGCCUCCUUGACGACCAGCACUGGCACUCGCUGCGCAUUGACCGCCAUGGUCACCACGUCAACCUGAGCCUGGACGGGGAGGUCAAACGCUUCCGUUGCAAUGGGGACUUCCAGCAGCUGGACCUGGACACCGAGCUGUUCUUCGGCGGUGUGAUCAGUCAAAAGAAUCAGAGCCUGGUCUAUCGACAGAACUUCCGGGGAUGCAUGGAGAACAUCUUCUUCAACAGGGUCAACAUCGCCGACCUGGCCCGCAGGAGAGCGUCCAACAUCCGCUUCGAGGGCCACGUCAGCCACUACUGCCAGGACCAGCCCUACACGCCCAUCACCUUCGCUGGCAUCAACAACUACCUGCAGGUGCCAGGCAUCCCGCGCCGGAACCGCUUGUCCGUCAGCUUCAAGUUCCGCUCCUGGGACACGGUGGGGCUGCUGCUCUACACCAGCUUCGCUGAGCAACUGGGCUCCCUGGAGAUGGUGCUGAGCAAUGGCCAGGUCAACGUCUCCAUUGCCCAGCCCGGCCGCAAGAAGCUGGAGUUCGCUGCAGGGUACCGGCUGAAUGACGGCUUCUGGCACAUGGUGGAGCUGGUGGCACGGGACGGCUCGGCUGUGAUCACCAUCGACGACAACGACGGGGCCGAGUUCCGGGUGGCCCACCCCUUCCAGCUGCGCACCGGGACCCAGUACUUCUUUGGAGGCUGCCCAAAACCCGCCGCCAUCACUGGCUGCCUGUCGAACCAAACGGCCUUCCACGGCUGCCUGCAGAGCAUCAGCGUCGACGCCCAGCCCGUGGAGCUGGACCUGCUGAGGCAGGAGCGGCUGGGGAAAUACUCUAACGUGUUCUUCAAUAUGUGCAGCAUCACUGACAGGUGCACCCCCAAUCUGUGUGAGCACGGCGGCCGCUGCCUGCAGUCCUGGGAUGACUUCACCUGCGUCUGCGACCUGACGGGAUACAAGGGAGAGACCUGCCACAAAUCCCUUUACAAAGAGUCAUGUGACGCGUAUCGGCUCAGUGGGAAAACAUCUGGGAACUUCACCAUUGACCCUGAUGGCAGUGGGCCCCUCAAACCCUUCACCGUCUACUGCGACAUCCGAGGUAGCCGGGGCGGGGGGGGGGGGGGGGGGAGGAGAGAUGCCAAAGGGAGGACGGACAAGGGGCUGCUGAACUUCGUGGACCACCUGCCCGUCACCCAGGUCGUGGUGGGAGACACCAACCGCUCCCACUCCGAGGCCCAGUUCCUGCUGGGGCCGCUGCGCUGCUACGGAGACCGGAACACCUGGAACACCGUCUCCUUCAACAAAGGCGCCUCCCUCGUGUUCCCCACCUUCCUGGCCAACCACAGCCUGGACAUUUCCUUCUACUUCCGAACCACCGCCCUCUCCGGGGUCUUCCUGGAGAACUGGGGCUGCAGGAACUACAUCCGCAUCGAGCUCAACACCACCAGAGACGUGGUGUUCGCGUAUGACAUUGGGAACGGGGACGAGAACCUGACGGUGAGAUCCCCCAUCCCCUUCAGCGAUGACGAGUGGCACCAGGUGAAGGCCGAGAUCAAUGUGAAGCUGGCGCGGCUGCGGGUGGACAAACUGCCCUGGGUGGUGCGGCUGGCCCCACCCCAGAGCUACGUCCGGCUGGAGUUCGACAGGCCCCUCUACGUGGGCUCGGCCGAGCACCGGCUGCGCCCCUUCCUGGGCUGCCUCCGGGCGCUGCGCAUGAACGGGCAGACGCUGAACCUGGAAGGCAAGGCCAAUGAGACGGAUGGCGUGCGGGUGAACUGCACCGGCUACUGCCAGUACCCGCGGGUGCCCUGCCAGAACAGCGGGCUCUGUGUGGAGCGCUACAGCCACUACACCUGCAACUGCAGCCUCUCUGCCUUCGACGGGCCCUUCUGCAACCGCGACAUCGGCGCCUACUUCGAGCCGGGCACCUGGGUUCGCUACAACAUCCUGCCGGCCGAGCUCUCGGCCGCCCACGCGUUUGCCAGCAUCCUGAGCCAGCCGCUGCCGGGCUACAACCUGACCAGCGAGGAGCUCAGCUUCAGCUUCCGCACCACCACUGCGCCUGCCGUCCUGAUCUAUGUCAGCUCCUUCCGCCGGGACUACGUGGCUGUGCUCAUCCGGGAGGACGGGAGCCUGCAGCUGCGCUACCAGCUGGGCACCAGCCCCUACAUCUUCCCGCUGACCACUGCGCCCGUGACGGACGGGAGGCCCCAUUGGAUCAACAUCACCCGCAUCAACCGUACACUCUACACCCAGGUGGAUUAUUUCCCUGUCAUGGAACAGCAGUUCUCCUUGUUCGUGGACAGGAAGCUGGACUCGCCCAAGAACCUGUACCUGGGGCGUGUGAUGGAGACAGGCGUGAUUGACCCCGAGAUCCAGAAGUACAACACGCCCGGCUUCUCGGGCUGCCUGUCAGGGGUGAAGUUCAACAGCAUCCUGCCCUUCAAAGCCAUCUUUCGCCCCAGCGGCAGGCCGGCGCCCUACAGCAUCAAGGGGGAGCUGGUGGAGUCCAACUGCGCCUCCAUGCCCCGCAGCAUCAUGGACAUCCCCCCUGAAAUGGACCCCUGGUACCUGGGCACAGAGUUCCCCCAUGUGCACGACGACGGCUGGAUCAGGAUCAUCACUGGCUUUGUGACCUUCUUGCUGCUGCUCCUGGCUGGGCUGCUGCUGCUGCUGUAUCUCCACCACCACCGCUACAAGGGCUCAUACCUCACCAAUGAGCCCAAGGCCGUCCAGGACUACCACGGCCCCGGGAAGCCCCUGGUCCCACACAAGGACCAGAACCUGCCCCAGAUCCUGGAGGAGGCGAAAGGCGAAUAGUCGCUGGCUGCAAGGGAAGAAAAGUGUUAAUGCCUCAAACGCUGGCACCUCCUGCGCGGUGCUGGGAGGGGAACGAGUGCUGCCGGACCAAAGGGGCCAAGCAACCCAGAACUGCCAGAACCCAGCUCCCGGCUGGGGCGUCUGCUCCUUCUCCUCCUCCACUGCGGCUCCCCUGCCCACGGGCAGGGCCCACGUCUUCCUCCUGGAAUUACACUGCGCCGAGCGCUGGCACAGUCACAAACCCCCUGCCCUGCACACCGAGCGGAAGAUAGGUGCCAUGCAGAACAACCUCCCGCCCCAGUCCCCCUAGAACCACCUGGUGCGAUUGCUCCUGCCCCCAUGGACAGGAUGUCAGGUGAGAUGGGCCUACCCGGAGACGCCAUCUCAGCCCAAGCCUGGGGAGUGGGGCACGUUUGGGGGCUGCCAAUCCACCUCCCCUAUAAACCGCACAGCGGCCCCGUGGAGGAGACAUGGGCCUUCCGUGGGGCCGGUUAGCAAUGCUAGCAGCUAGAUUUCCUGCUUGUUUGCUCGCUUAGCAAAAGCCAUGAAGUGACCCAUGCACUAUAGAGCACUGGAACACAGCCCGGAGCGCGCCCUGCACCCUGGCUGCCCCCUGCAAUGGCACUUGCUUGUGCACGCCCCCUCCCCCCGCACUUGCUGCUCUCAUACAACCAGGUAAAGAUCUUUGGAGUCUUUCUACCAUUUUUUGUUGCUGACCGGUUGAUUACACACACACACACACACACACGUUUUUUUAUUCUCUCUGUUUGUAUAAAAAACCAGAAGAAACCAGAGCGGCUGCUCCGGGUGAGUGCAGUCUGGGGCACAGGCCAUAGGGUGCUACCUCUCUGCAAGAGGCGCGAGCCCUGCUGAGACCAGCCGGCCCCAGGACCGCUCCUGUUCACGUGCUGCAGCAGGACAGACAUGCAUUGAGUGACCUAAAAGCCCGGCUUUGCUGGGUGUUUUACUUUACAGCUGUUUUGUUGACUGACACAUGAGGAUGUGUAAAUAAAGGCAGAAUGACAAAGUUCAA